AUGGUAAGAGGCUGCUGGCCGACCCGGAACGUCCUCUCCUGCACCCCACAGUGCACAGACCGAUCCCACAGGUCCCACCGCUUCACUUCCUGCUGCUGUAGCACAGACCUGUGUAACAGUGGCCCCCCUCAUCUCUCUGAGUCUGAACAACUCUCCACCAACGGACUACUGAAUGGGAUCAUCUGUCUACUGGUGGUCGUCCUGAUCUCCUCAAUCCUCGUGCUGGUGCUAAUGUGUCCACGAGUACGGACCGCCCUCUCUGCCUUUCGGUGCUCGGCUCCUCCCGUUGCUCCUGGAAAUCUGCAGACUGUUGAAUUACUUGAGGUGAUUGGACAGGGCAGGCAUGGAACAGUGUGGAGAGGGCUCCAGACCCAGCAGCCGGUGGCAGUGAAGCUGUUCCCUGCUGCCCACCGAGAUCAUUUCCAGAACGAGCGGGCAUUCCACAACCUGGUCUCCAUGGGGCACCAGAACAUUGUGAGGCUUGUCGGGGCCGGAGCGUGCAAGCACAGAGGGAGCACGGAUUACAUGAUCAUCACGGAGUACUGUCCUGGGGGAUCCCUAUCCAAUUACCUGAGACAGCAUUGCAACAGCUGGGGGGCUAGUCUCAAGAUGGCUCAGUCCGUCACAGCAGGAGUGAGUUUCCUUCACACAGAGACCUGGUCCAGAGGUGUAUACAAGCCUGCCAUUGUCCAUCGGGACCUCAGCAGCGACAACGUGCUGGUGAAAGAGGAUGGGACGUGCGUGAUCAGUGAUUUUGGUCUGGCCUCAGUGAUGAGCAGCAACAAGAGGCUGACUGGCAAAGGAGCCCAGGUCUACAUGGUCGGGACAUACCGCUACAUGGCUCCUGAAUUACUGGAUGGUUCCAUCAACCUGAGGGACUAUGGCACCACCCUGAAGCAGGCUGAUGUUUAUUCCUUAGGACUGGUCCUGUGGGAGAUAUUCACCAGGUGCACCACCCUCUUCCCUGGCCGAUCCACGCCAGAAUUUCAAGCAGCGUUCCAAGCGGAGAUUACGAGGGACCCAACAUUCGAGGAGAUGGUCACCACUGUAGUCAGGGGUCGAAUAAGGCCCAAAUUCCCCCCGAGCUGGGCAAUGGUCAACAGGAGCCUGCCUGAGACCAUCAGUGACUGCUGGGACCACGAUCCUGAGGCUCGACUCUCUGCCCAAUGCCUGGAGCACCGACUGGCAGACAUGUCAGCUCUUGCUGACUCCCUCCAGACACUGACCCCUCUCAGUGAGACAGCAUGAUGAUCCCUUCUCACUGCCCCAGUGCCGCCCCUUUCACAGUGUGAACCUCUCUCGGUACCACCCCUCCCACAGCACAGUGCUCACUCACUGUCCUCCCUCCUCGCUGCCCUACCCACAUCACGGCUCUCCCUCUCCACCUCCUCUCCUUCCUAAAAGAUUAUCCGCUGUGCCCAAUGGUUCUCCUAAAAGGCUUCUGAGAGGAGUUCAACC